AUGCAAACAAGCCAACAGAAUUGUUACGAAAUGGUAGAAUAUGAGUUUGAUCCUCAAAAUCCGCUUAAGUUGAGAAAACUUGGUGACAAGUCGUCUCGGCUUACAUCGACUGAAUAUGCUGAUGAAAACAAGGAUUGGCCAUCCGACAGACAACCAAAACGCAGACGCGAUGUGUUGAUCGAUUAUGAUGCCUCCUCGGACUCAUCAAACGACGACAGUUCUUCACCGACAAGCCUCAAAGAGAACGAGACUAAAGAAUUGAAUGACGAAAAUGAUGACGACGACGAUGAUAUGUUCAAGAGUGAAAACGAUCAUGACAACGAAACAAGUACGGCAAAACCGAGAAAGCCGAAAAAAGGUAUCGAUACUUUGGACGUGAGCAAGCUAAUUCCUGAAGAUGAUAUUUUCGAUGACGAGGACUCACAAUCGAGUUCUGAAAAAGAAGUCCAAAUGGAUCCGUUCAAUUUGAAAAACGAGAUCGAGUCCGGGGCUUUUGACCGCGAUGGAAACUACAUUGAAGCCCACAAUUCUGAAGACGAAUUUAAAGCAGAGGAUGAAUGGAUCAAUGGUUGUAACGGCAUAAAGGAAACAUCCAGGGCGCAGGAAGCUCAGCUACAGAGGAGGCGAUACGAACAAAAAAUCAAGGAGAAACUCAAAAAAGAAGCUCGAUUGUUGAGAAUCGACGAAGCCUUGGAGCGAAUUUGUUUCUUCUUAUUCCAAAAUGAAACCGUAGCGGACGUUUUUGGUCGAAUGAACAAACUGCGCGCGCAAAGCUUGAAGAAAGAAUCCUCGCCUGGGAAAUCAAACAAAUCUUGUUCGGAACCAAAGUUUGUAAUAAAUUCGAUAAAGUAUUUCACAGAUAUUGUCAGUAUUUUGGAACAAAAGGGAGUGGCCAGCGUUUACGAGCUUACGCGUGCCAAAGCCGUAAGUCUUUUCGACGAUGAGACCCUUAACACUGAUAAAGCUAACGACUUCAAUACAAAGCAGUGGCAAUUCAAAUGGCUUGAUGCUCUCGACAAGGUCAAUGGGGAUUUUUCUAAUUAUGAAAUGCAGCAUUGGAAGAAUAACUAUUUUAACGAUCAAGUCAUCGUCAAGUACUUGCAAGACCUGGACGAGCCGCGAAAUUGGCUUGAUAUCAAGACUUUGUCAUUCAUGGCCGAUGGCCAAUAG